GGGACCUCCAACAGCAACUGUGCCCUUUAUAUCCCGUAUCAUCAUGUAAGGCAGAGCUUCAGCAAGAGCUUCAAUCUGCUCUCAUCCACUCCUCUCUCCCUCACCGACCUUCUCCAGCUCCGCGCAUAGGGUAACACCAUGUCGUCCAAGCCCGUCGUCCCCUUCUCCGAGCCGCCAUACCUGGCCGGCCUCCCCUCGCCGUACUACAAGGAAACGCAUCUGAGGUGGCAGAAGGCAUGCCGGCAAUUCAUCUCGAAGCACCUGCUGGAGCAUGCGUUGGAGUGGGAUACCAUUGAGACGCUGCCGGAGCACGUCUUCCAGACGUUUGCUAAGGCCGGCAUGCUGCUUCCUUCACUGCCCGCUCCUCUGCCUGUGGAAUGGCUGAAGAAGCUGGGAAUCCACGACUUCUUGGGCGCUGUGAAGGUUGAGGAGUGGGACUACAUCCACACCAUGAUCUAUUGCGACGAGAUGGCUCGCUCCGGUCUGGCAGGUCCCUCAGGCUCGCUGACGACUGGGAUCUCGUUCGGCGUCCCGCCCAUCAUCAAAUACGGCAGCAAGCAGCUCCAGGAGCGUUACCUGCCUGAGCUCCUCACCGGAAAGAAGCGCACGUGUAUCGCCAUCACCGAGCCCGAGGCUGGCUCUGAUGUCGCCAACAUCGUCACCACUGCGACCAAAAGCCCCUGCGGCAAGUACUACAUUGUCAACGGGGCCAAAAAGUGGAUUACCAACGGUAUCUGGGCCGACUACUCGACCAUGGCCGUGCGGACGGGUGGACCUGGCCCUACUGGUCUCUCCCUCCUCGUUGUACCCCUAAAGGGCUACCCAGGUGUUACCACUCGCCGUCUCAAGGUGGGUGGCCAGGUCUCGGCUGGAACCACCUACAUAGAGCUUGAGGAUGUCAAGGUCCCCGUUGAGAACCUUGUCGGUGUCGAGGGCAUGGGCAUGAAGUACAUCAUGACUAACUUUAAUCACGAACGGCUCACCAUUGCAAUUGGCGCCACCAGGCAGGCCCGCGUUGCUCUCGCCGCUGCCACCGAGUAUAUUCUGAAGCGUGAGGCCUUUGGCAAGCCCCUCGUUGAGCAACCCGUCGUCCGACACCGAUUGGCCAAGGCCGGUGCCUUGCUCGAAAGCCAGUGGGCGUGGGUGGAACAAUUCGUCUACCAGAUGACCCAGCUUCCCAAGGAGACAGCUGAUAUCGAGCUCGGUGGUCUGACCGCCAUGGUCAAGGCCCAGUCUGGCAUCGUCCUGAACGAGUGCGCGCAGUGCGCCCAGCUCCUCUUUGGUGGCAACGGCUACACCAAGUCUGGCCAGGGAGAGCUGAUUGAGAGAAUUUACCGCGAGGUGCCGGGUGUCCGUAUCCCUGGCGGUUCAGAGGAUGUCAUGCUGGAUUUAGGCGUGCGUCAGCUGGUGAAGAACUUCAAGGCAAAGACUGCAGCUCUCGAGAAGAGCGGUGGUUCCAGGCUAUAAGCAACGUGCUGCACGAAUAUACUGUCUGCCUCAACGCAAAGACCACGUGGAAGAGCUGUCUAUUUACAGACGCGCACCAAUUGAUACCAACCCUAGCGUGAUUGUACAUGUACCUUUCCAUACAUGCAUCUUCACAUAUAAACAACAAUAGUCAAAUUAUUUGGCAAUAUAGGCUUCGCUUGGCUCUGGCCUUCUUCCGC